AUGGCAGCCUCCAGUGAGGAAAUAUCGCAAUCUGAAAAGUUUGCUAUUGAUUUCGUUAAUACCAAGUUUUCCGACAAAAUAAAGACCCUUAAAUCGUUAAAGAACAUAUAUUUGGAACAAAAACAAGAUCAAGAACAACUAAAAAAAAAGCUGUCACUUGCAAGCAGUGAAGUUCCCAGUGAGCUAGAACAAGGCAUCAAAGAUGCAGAGAAGGCUAGGACUGAUGUAAGGCACCUGCGCACACGCCAGGAGACACUGUACCACAAUAUACAGGACCACACGCGGACACUUGCAGACUUGGUGAAGGAGACGAGCAGACUGACAGAAGAGGUGGAUGAGCUGGAACACCUCUCUCACUACCUUAGUUGCCUGAUUCAUAUUGACACGCUCAGUUCACACAUAGAAACUCUUUUGAAAUCAGAGAGUCCCGCCAAGGCAGUAGACAAGUUUACAGAGUUGUCACAGUUAUUCUCAGCAGUGAAAGAUUCUAAAUGUCGGAACAUUGUCAAGUUUUCCAAAGACACAACAAUGUAUUGGUACAAUAAUCUUAAAGACAAAAUAGCCAGUGAAUUUGAGGAGGUGCUUAAGCAGCUGAAAUGGCCUUUGGUGGGUGUGUCCAUCAAGUCCCCACCCACACAGAAUGUCAAGGAGGCCAGGACACGUAUGGAUACUCUCUUUACAGAGCUGCUCAAGCUACAGCUACCAGACUGUUUGAGCAAUGAGGUGGAAAAUGUCCCUGCCAGUCUUAACCACAUUAAGGGCCUCCCAACCCCGACUCUUCCCCUACAGGUCAUGAUUAAACCCUUGCGGAGAAGGUUCAGGUUUCACUUCUUCGGCAGCAAACAGACCAAUGAUAUUGGCAAGCCUGAGUGGUACUUUACCCAGAUCUUGAGCUGGACCAGAGACCACCUUGACUUCCUGGAACAGAGGGUACAGCCUCUCCUCAAACAGAGUCACAGACACACACAUGCAAAGACAGAGUUCAUGGUAGGUAUGAUGACGCUUGUGUUGGAGAAGAUGGUGCACGAUCUCCCGGAGCUCAUAAAUGACGACCACCAGUUCUCGCACCUUGUUGAUGAGGCCCUGCUGUUUGAUAGGGAGGUGCGAGAGUCAUAUGGCUACCCAGCCUCCCUUCCUGGCGCCCUCCACAUCCUCUCACAGCCCACAUACUUUAACAAGUGGCUACAGAUUGAACGGAAAUUUGGUGUGGAGAAGCUGGAUGGUAUGAUGUCAUCUCCUGGUGCCUGGGACUCCCAAUACAGGGGAAUUGCUGAUGUGGACGAACUUCGCGUGCCGGAGUGUGGGGACAGCUUUGUUACCCUCCUUCUCACCAUCACAGACCGGUACAAGCCCCUGCCCCACCCAACACAACAAUUACAGUUCCUGGACCUGCAGUUGGAGCUACUGGAGGACUUCCGUGUUCGACUCACUCAGGUGAAAAACGACACCCAUAAUCCACUGGACCAGCGAUAUUCUGCCAUACUCAACACUGCACACUUUGUCGCUGAGGUCCUCAGAGAAUGGAGUGAGCUUGUGUUUUUCCUGCAGCUGCAAUACUACAAGAUGGAAAAUAACGAGUCUUCAAUCAACAGGGAGUCUGAUACAGGGGACAUUCCGUUUGGCUACACAACAGUGUUUGACGAGAUGAUCUCCCUGUAUGAGCGCCUCAAGAAUGACAUGCUCAACACCAUGGUAUCACAGGUGUUUAUUGAUGUCAGGGCUCGUGGGAAACCUUACAAAGAUGACAGGUGGAUUGCCCUGCCAUACCAGAAGGAGGUGACACUAGGCCUGUCCAUCUCCGCGUGUGAGAUGUUCCUCGUCCUCAAAGACCACCUGCUUGAGGUCAGCGAGCUCAUCAGCAAACCAAUUUUCACGCUCUUCUGGGAGGCCAUGACCCACAAGAUGAACAUGUAUAUAUUUGAAGAGAUCAUCCUGCGUAAUAAGUUCAACCAGGGCGGGGCGGCCCAGCUACAUUUUGACAUGACCAGGAACUUGUUCCCCCUGUUUGGGGAAUAUACACUUAAACCUGACAGCUACUUUAAGGAGGUAAAGGAGGCGUGUAUCCUGCUGACCACGAACGUUGGGUCGGCCCUCCUUCUGAAGGAGGUUUUGUAUGAGGCCCUGCACAGGGGCCCCAGGGACACAGACAAGAUCACAGAGGCCCGAUCAGCACUAACCGACCUUGGUGUACAUAAACUCACUCUGGAUCAGGCUGAACUUGUGCUUAGUUUGAGGACUAACCUAACCACAUAAUGGGUGCUGUAAGAAGAUGUUGUGCCAAAAAAGUUGACUGCUUAUGGACAUUGUCAACAUUGAUUCACUAACAGAACAGUUAUAAACUUAUUAUUUAAAACCAUAUUAGUCAUUUAAGCAGAAAAUCAUUUUCCUCGUGUCAAGCUUCAAGGCUUGAAAGGUUAAACCGUAGAUGUGUGGAUUUGCAAUAUCCCUAAUAUAUCAGUUUUGUAAUUGGAAAACAUUUCAUUCAUGGAACUGUUAUAUUAGCCACCUUGAAGAUGAGUGUUGUGUACAUUCCCUGAUUUAAGAUGACUGAUGUUAGAUGGGUUUUAUGCAUCUGUAUAAGAGAAAUGAAUUAGACUGUGUCCAUGUGUCUCUGUUAAUAUUCUUCUCUAAGUCAUGUUUUAAAUAUGACAUACAAGAUGAUUUUUGUUGAUGUUGUAACAUAAUAAAAGAUUUAUUUAUGAAUAUUUGUUAUUGAUGCUUGUUUAUUUACAUGCUAUUAAAGCAAAAUGCUGAAAUAAACACCUGACUUUUA